AUGGUUGGUACAGUUGCACGGAAUGCGAGUAUUACAAAAGCUAUUAUCGAGGGUGAAAUUAAAGAAAUUCCACCAUUUUACUUUUAUGGAUGUGAAUCAUUGACCAAUGUUACAAUAUUGGCCAAUGUUAAAUCCAUAGGUGAUUCUUCGUUUCACAGUUGUAACAAAUUACAAUUUCUUCAAAUUCCGGAUUCGUGCGAAGUUUUGAAUGGUAGAUGCUUUUAUAGCUGUGAUAGAUUAUCUAAUCUUAAUUUUCCUAAAAAUCUUGCAGAAUUAAGAUUUAGUGCUUUUUGUUUCACUAAUUUAUCACAUAUAUCUUUGGAGAAAAAUGUAAAAUUAAUUGAAAGCAAUGCGUUUGGAUCCAUUUUAAAUUUGAAAUCAAUCAAAAUCGGCAAUGCUGAUAAUUUAUUCAUUGAUGAAAACGCUUUUCAAGAUAGUUUGUAUUUAGAAAAAAUUGAAAUUGAAAAUGUAUUUUCUUUGAAUAUUAUAAGUAGAAAUAUUUUAACAGAAAUAAAAUUCAUAGUUCCUGUAUUUAAAAUGAAAAAUUGGAUAUCAAUUCCCUGCUCAAUUAUAAAUGCUACAUUUAAUCCAAAUAUGAUGUUUAUUCCAUCUUACUUAUAUUAUCAAAAUAGUAAUAUUACUGAAAUUGCUGAUAAUGAAGUUAUUUUUGAAAAUUCUUCAAGAUUUUCACUCCAACAAAAUUAUGAAACAAUAGAAGAAUAUGCAUUUUAUCAAUGUAUUAACUUGUAUAGUGUGAAAUUCCCGAAUUCAUUGAAAAUCAUAAAAAACAAUGCAUUUUAUGGAUGUACAUCCCUCAAAGAAGUUUCUUUCCCACAGAAUUUUGAAGUGCUAGAACAUGAUUCAUUCUCUGGAAUUCCCUCAUUAUCAUUCUUGAAUUUAUCAAACACGAUGAAAUUUAUUGGAAGAAUUGAUACAUUUCGAGAUAAUUUAAUUGAUUUUUCAACAACCGAUGAAUAUGAUGGAAACCUGAGACCAAUGAUGUUUUCUGAUUCUCAACAAGAACAAUACUCUUUCGAUGGAAAUGUUAAAGAGAUUCCAUUCUUCUCAUUUAUUAAUUCAAGCAUUAAAAACGUAAUUCUCAAUGAUAAAAUCGAAAUUAUUCAUCAUAUUGUUUUGCAUAUAGCAAGUUAG